AUGGUGGGUGGCAUUUUUAACCUGCAAAGGUUUUUCCUCAUCCUGCCAUGUGGCAUUAUGAGAUUCCAUGACCUGAGUCAGAUAGAAAAGGCUCUCUUGCACUGUAAUGAAACUAAAGUCACAUUCUUCAUAUUUCUGGGAUUUCCUGGCACUUACCAGCUGCAGCUAUUUUACUUUUGUAUUCUUUUAGUCAUUUACAUCCUAACAGUGCUGGCCAACCUUCUCAUAAUCACAAUGGUCAUCCUAAAUGUUCAUCUUCAUAUCCCUAUGUAUUUCUUUCUCAGUAACUUUGCAGUACUGGACACCUGGUGUUCAACUGCUGUCAUUCCUAAAACACUUAGUUAUCUGGUCACCCAAAACAAGGUUAUUUCACAUUCUGGAUGUCUCGCUCAACUCUGCUUUGUAUUUUCUGUGGGACCUACAGAAUUCUUUUUGUUAACCGUAAUGGCCUAUGAUCGAUAUCUUGCUAUCUGUUUUCCUUUACAAUAUGUAACAAUGAUGAGCAGGCAGAUCUGUCUUUACUUAGCCAUUGGUUCCUGGAUGAGUGGGUUCUUUACCGGUUGGACAUUGACAAUCCCAACAGCCUUGUUGAAUUUCUGUGGACCCAAUCUCAUUGAUCAUUUUUUCUGUGAUUAUGUCCCUGUGGUAAAACUGUCCUGUUCUGACACAUCCAUCAGUGAGACUGUUUUCUUUUCAUUUGCCUGGGUAGUUGUGCUUACUUCCCUUAUAUUUAUAACUGUCUCUUAUUACAGUAUAAUUAAAACUAUCCUCCAAAUUCCAUCCAGUCUUGGUCGCCAGAAGGCCUUCUCCACCUGUGCAGCCCACUUAACAGUGGUGAUAAUAUUCUAUGGAACUGUUGUUUUCAUGUACAUACGACCCAGAGCUUCCUUCUUCUCAGACAAAGAUAAAAUCAUAUCUUUGUUUUAUACAGUAAUAACUCCACUUCUUAAUCCCCUGAUAUAUAGUCUUAGAAACAGAGAAUUCAAAAAGGCCAUGAAGGCUGCAUACAAAACAUUUUGCAAAUCUAUUAACAAUGCAAAUCAUGAAAAAGCAAUCAAACCUAUAAGACCCCAAUUUACCAAAACUGUCUAA